CGUCGCAACAAUGUUCUUCUGGAAAGAAGGACAAUAAAAACGCUGAACAAUAGUUCAUUGGCUCCGCCGCUUUCUCCCCGCCUGCUCAUUGUUUAUUGCAACUUUCUUCUUCCUUUCCUGACAGCUUUUUCCCGACGGCCGCAUUUUGACAUACGGGUUAUCAUGUUUUCGCCUAGCGUAUUAAUUGUCGCCGUAUUGAUUAUUGUGCGACGGCGUUGUUAUCUUAUUUCACCUCCAGGACAGCUCUAUUAUCCUGAGCUGGUGUACGUGGUCGCGUCGCGACUUGGCGAGUGGUCGUCGCGCUUCGGCGGCGGCCAUUUGAUCUGCGCUUUGCCUCCGUUAUUGUUUCAGUUUGAUUCCGUGGGAGCAGAUUUUGUAGACUUAAUCCGGCAAUGCUGUACCCUGUCAUUGUUCGAAUGCCAUGCUGGUGCCUUGACAUUUACUUCCGUGGAUGCAUUUUCGGCGAUCUUCAAUGUCGGAGUCUUGGGGGGUGACGGACUUUUACAGACUGCCUACAAGAUCUAG